GACGUUAGUCGAGAAAGACGGCUCCCAUUCAAGAAAAAAUGUCUCAAAACAAUUUUCUACAAGGCUACAAUUGGGAGAAUCAAUUUGAAGAUAGUCAGAUACUUUCUCGAUCUAUUCCAGACGAAGUAAUCAGUAUUUACGAGGUUUACGUGAAAGAAGAGUGUGCAGCUCAAGAUGGAAGUAGUCAAGUCUCCGUUACGUCUGGCGAUUCUAGUGAAACAAAUCAACCCAAUGUUCAGGCUGGCGUCAUAAGUUUAAAUGCAAUCGAUAUUGAUGCCGUUAAUAUAGAUGGAAAUAAUAUGAAAUUAUUUGAAAAAAAUAUUGACUUACCUAUAUUGACUCCAAAAAAGGUACCAGAUAUAAUUAUUAAUCAACAAAAUGAUACGGUCAGUCAAUCUCUAACAAAUGAUCCUAUUUUAACAUCAACCCCUCGACUUAUUGAUAAGGAUGAUCCACGGUCGAGACUUCAUUUUGUCAAAUACCUUAAACGUGAUGGGAAAACUUUAAAAAUAUGGGAAUGUGGUAUCUGUUCAAAAGAAUUUAGACAUCAAUAUACACUGAUGAGGCACUUACCUACUCACACUGAUGAGAGAAAUUUUAAGUGCGAUGUUUGUGGUAAAGCUUUUCGUCAGCUUUCAACUCUUAGUCAGCACAAAGCAAUCCAUAGUGAUGCUAGACCUUACGUGUGUGAAUUCUGUAAGAAAACUUUCAACAGAGUUUCUACUUUGAUAUCGCAUAGGAAAACUCAUUCAGAAAAUAAACCUCACAAAUGUCAUCUCUGUGGGAAAGGAUUCCAUCAGAAAGGUAACUUAAGAAAUCACGUCUUUACUCACACCAAUGAACGCCCAUACAAGUGUGAAUUGUGCAAUAAAGGCUUCAAUCAAAUGUCUAACCUCGUGUGUCAUAAGGUGAAGGCUCACGCUCACGUAGAAAAAAUGCAAUACUCAUGUGGAAUAUGUGGUAAAGAGUUUCCACGACGAUUUUCACUGCGUUCACAUGAAGAAUUUAAACAUGGUAUAAAAUAUCGUAACUCAUCAUCAUCUCAAGCAAGCAUGUCGAAUUCACCAAUAAAUAAUGAUAAGAAUAUUAAAAUUAUUGAAUCAAAUAGUAAUAAAAAUAUUGAUGAUAAUAAGGAUGUCAAUUCCUGCAUGACAAGUAUUUUAAUAGAUAAAAUUGAAACAAAAGCCAUGGAAAGUGCAAUUAUGAAUGGUCAAACACCUUUUGCAUUAUUAAAGCCAGCAAAAGGUAUUCCUGUUCUUGUGAAAGUUACUCCUGCUGGACCAAAUCAACAUAUGCUGAUACCAGCGAGCGCUGAAGAUUUACGUGUAACCGGAAAAAUGAGUCCAUUUAAUUCAGAAACAGAGAAUAGAACUGUGCAAGUGAAAGUUUCAGUAGUUGCAACGAUAGUACAAAAUAUUAAUAGUGAUGGAAAAUCUAGUUAUUUAAUUGAACCACCUAUUUCUGAUCAAGAUCAGGAAAAUUUAUUGACACCAUUAGAAAAUUCUCAAUUUUAUAAUAUGGAUUCUUUGGGGGAGUCUGAACACCCUAGUGAACCAAGUCAUAAUAGUUCAAUGGAUGAUUGCAACGAGUUGUUAGAGCUAGCAGCACAAGGAGGUAUUCAAUUCGUUCGAGCGACUGAGGAUGGUCGUUAUGAAGUGAUGAGCAAUAGUGAAGCACGAGAUUUAAUAGCACAAAAUUCACAUGAUGUUACCAUUCUUGAGGGUGCUGAAGCAGAUGCAAUCAAUAUUAUGAAUGCAAAGAAUAAUAUAAAUGACAAUGUAAUUGUCACUGAUAAUGAUAAUCAGAUUAUGAUAUUGGAAAGUGGAAACCAAAAACCAGUUUCAACUGAGGGAAUUGAAAUUCCCGGAGAUAAGGAUAUUAGAAUUCUUGAUGCAAAGAAUCUAGAUGAUCGUUUUGUGGAUAAUAUGACCUUUUUCUCUUCAUCAAAAAUGGAUGACAUCCUUGGAGGAAUAAAACCAAUUGGAUUAGACUCAGGGAUUCCUAUUGUAACUCCUGAAGAAGAUAUUAUUGGUCCUCAUCAAAAUUUCUUAAAUAUCAUGGACCAUCAAAAUGACAUGGGGAGUCUUUCAAACAAUUCUCAAUCUUCAAUACUACCUCUACUAACUAAAAAUGAAUCAUCUUUAUCCUUUUUAAAUGAGACAUUGUCCUACUUAAAAAGUACUCGUAGUUUCAUUGAUGAUUUUAAUAUUCUUGGCGUAGAUGGAAUUUGCAUGGAAGACAGUAACUCGGUCAAUGUCUACGAUCCCAAAAUCAAACUUCCCGAGUUUGAUGACAUCAUCAGUGACUCCAGUUUCUUGCCCAUGAACCGGGUAGAUGGCAAAGUCUUGAAUGAUAAAGGCCAAACAUCAAAGCUUUACGCUAACAACGAGAGCAAGUUGACUCUGCCAAGUUUUGAAGACAUGAAAAUCCUUGGACCAAAGUACCAAGAGUUCGAAGCUGCAUCGCAAUUUCAUGACAUAAAAAUAUUUGGUGGAUAUGAUCAAUAUCUAAGACCUGUCAAUGGAUAUCGUUCUGGAGAUUCAUUAAUGUAUGAACCUCCACCAGGAAAAAUAGAUUUCAAAAUGAUGGGCAAAAAAAAUGAACCUCAAUGUUUUGAUGAACUUAGAGAAGAUGUUUUAGUUAAGGUCCCAUCCCUUUUCAAAUUAAACCCUUCCACAAGCUCCACGCCAAUCACAAUUCCUGAUUUCCUUGAAGCUGAUGCACCUAGACAUAUGGAUAAGAAUGGCACAGAUAACUUUUUCUUUCAAGCUAAUAACUUUUGUGAUCCAGAUUAUCUCAAUUUUCCAUCCCAAAAUAGUGAAAGUCCGAACAGUCAAACAGCUUCAAUGUUUACCCUUGAUGGUCUUCCUGACCUCAAUUAA